AUGGCGACUAUGGUAGAGCCAGGAGACACCAACACAGUCAAGCUUGACGGAUUGGACGGGACGAAGAUCCCUAUAAUCACGACGACAUCUCCAUCAUCGACUGAAGGCGUCGAGGUCACUCGUUUGCCUAUGGAGGAUGGCCCUGAGCUGCCAGUUAGCAUCAAGCCGAGAUCCGUCUUCCACAUCUACGAAAAGCACGAGUGUCACAAAUGCAUCUCACCGGUCACCGAUGCUGCAUUGGAACGGCGUUCUGGCCCUACGAUCAAACAGCAGAAGGAGAGGCGCAAGGAGAGAAAGGAACGUCAAGACGCCGGACUACCUCGUGUCGAACCAGACGACAAUGCCUUCUUCCUGCACCGACCAUACCUUGCCUUCCAUGUGCCACCUCGCGUUCUUUAUACGGGCAGCAGCAAGCGCACGGCGCAGCCUGCUGUUCUAAUACACGAAGGUUGCUUCUGGAAAGAAUACAAGCUCCAGCUACUCCCACGGAUUCCUGGCAUCAUCGAUCCACGUGGAGUAGUUGGAUGGCGGCAUAACGGAGGCGACAAGAAAGCGCUCAAGCUCGACGACCACAAGCUCAAAGGCUACAAAGUGCGAACAUGGAGACUGUGGGGCGAGACGGGAAAAGACUACGUCCACUCAGUGAAAGCUACCCGCCAGACUGGUGAUGGCCUAGAUCCUGAUGUGGUUAAGGAGUCUGGUGUCAAAUCGGAAGAGCCUAUGACAGCCACCGAGACACUAAAUUUGCGGUGGACGAACCCUCUAUCUCGGCGCACAAGAUGCUACCACUUCCACUAUGCUGGUAUUGAAUUCUUCUGGAAAGGAACAGGUUCUGUCCAAGAAUCGCGUACUUGCGGCCUGUUGUUGCGUUUCAAUCACCUGAAGCUAGUCGCUCAGUUACCAACCACUGGAGAGAAGAAGGAAGAGCGAGCUGAGGUAUGUUUAGGAACAUACACGUCAUCUGUUGCACGUAGGAAGAAUGGUACUCUGGAGUUCUUCGAUGCUACCAUCUUGCGAUUGAUCGACGACUAUGCGCCAUCCAUCCUUGAUGGGAUUGAUGGGGGUUUGGAAGAAGAAGAAGAAUAUACGGCGAGGAUUUUACGGAUGAAGAGAAGCACGCUAUAUCAAGUAUUCGUGGCCACUGCCAUGUGCAUGAUCAAGAGCGAAAAGGAAAAGAGACACACUUUGUUGGACCUGUUGAUUGCUGCUAUCACCGAGGGCGGCGGCGGUGCAGGUGGCUGA